CAUUGUUGCUUUCCCGCCAACUCUCCACAGAUCCCGUGAAUCUCGUGAAUAAAACACGCUUGGCCGGCUUGGCAGUCGACAGCAAGAGCCAGGACGCUUCGCUUAUAAUUGUUAUGUAACUGGCAGUUGAAGAGCUUGAUAGUAAGAAUGAAACUCAAACUGAGGCAUUACGGCAGCAACUUGGCUGAGGUCACCAUCGAAGUGUCCAAAACCUGGUCGGUGUCUGAUCUGAUCGCUGCGGCCAGCGAUGCUUUUCAAGCCGAACAGGACAGAUUGCAGCUUUUCUUCUUUGGAAAAUUGUUGCUGGCUGAGCAUCCCUUGCUGUUGUACAAAGUGAAGGACAAUGAUGUGAUUGGUGUUCGGAUCAAAACCGCAGAAGUCAUUCCCCGUCCCAGCUCGCCUGUGGAAGAGAGCAAAGUCUGCGAAGAAAAUGUGGACGUGCCGUGCUCUAGCAAGUUCUUCGAGGUGGAUGACACUAUUUACUACCAGAGUCAAAAUGGGCAGUGGCAUGAGGCUAAAGUCAAGGCUAUCACUGGAGGUGGAGAGCACGGAGAAAAUGAUGGCCUCAUGUACAAAAUUCAUGAUGGAAUUACCAACGAGGAUCUGGUCUUGCAGCUGAUCAAGCUGCGCCCGUGCAGCGCCGUCGAGUACUCCGCCCACGACCUCAAGGUGGGCAUGAAAAUCCUAGCCUACGUCGUGCUGUCCGAGACUGAAAAAGGAUGGUACCAGGUGGAGGUAACCAAGGUGGAGCCAGUGCGGGGCCAGCAGAACUUCCCCAAAAUCUCUGGCACCGUGGUCGUGUCUUCCGAGACGACGUACCCACAGCAGAAGAUCGAGUUCAAACACAGAACUGUCCAAUUUCCUGAGCUUCUGCCGCGUGAGGAGUGGCAGAAGGUGACCAGCUGGAUGGCUCUUACCAUUCCUUGCAAGCACUGCUUUUGUCACCCCACUCAAAAGUGCAAUGAGUGCAGCUGCGUGGUUUGUGGCGGGAAACAUGAUGAGGACAAGCAGAUCAUCUGUGAGGAGUGCGAUGACGCCUACCACAUUCAAUGCGCCUCUCCGCCUCUUGCCGAGGUUCCCGAGGAUGACUGGUUCUGUCCAGACUGCUCUCACGUUGACCAAGCUCGGGAGGAGAGAUAUGAGGCUCAAACCAAGGUGAAAGUGGCCAAAAUCAAGAAAUCCGUGGACAAGGUGAAAGAGAACAAGCGCGACUGGGGCAAGGGACUGUCCACUGCAUCCGUGUCCAACAAAUUCUGCGUGGUGCCCAAAGACCACAUGGGAAAAAUCCCGGGCGUGCCGAGUGGCAGACUGUGGGCCUCGAGAAGCGACGUGAGCCGCUUCGGAGUGCACCGUCCGCUGGUGGCCGGAAUUUGCGGCGCGACCAACAAGGGCGUGCAGAGCGUCUGCUUCUCAGGUGGCUACGAGGGCGACUACGACAAAGGCACCUCGUUCGUGAUGUCCGGCAGCGGCGGCCGCGACCUCAGCAGCAACAAGCGCGUCAACAAGCAGUCCAGCGCGCAGAUUCUCACAGGAUCCAAUCUAGCCCUGGCGCAGUCUUGCCACGCCAAGGUGGACCACGUCAACGGAGCCAAGUCUGCAAACUGGAGGGAAGGCCUGCCCAUCAGGGUCGUCCGCGGCUACAAGCUGGCCAAGAUUUCUACUUUUGCCCCUGCCGAAGGUUACAGGUAUGACGGCAUUUACCGCGUCGUGAGAUACUUCCAGCAAGAGUUGAAUGGCAACCUGAUGUGGAAAUUCGAAUUACACCGGGAUGACCCUGAGCCUCCACCCUGGACCUCGACCGGCCUGGCAUUCAUGAAAAGCAUGAGCGUUGGUGCCUUGGAGGGAACACCAUUGCUGGACACUAGCAAGAAGAGAAAACUGCCGUCCGAGAGUGUGGAUGUCAAGCGUGCCAAGGUUGCCUACGUCCUGCCUCCAGCAGUUGCAGCCUUGGUCAAGGAGGACAAACUGAACCAGAGGAACUGGACAGCGCUGCAGACCUCCCUCGAGCUUGGCUACCCCGAGUUCAUCAAGGCUUUGGCCGAGCAGUUCGUAUGCGUGAUCUGCCAAGAUGUGGCCAAAGACCCUUUCACCAUGCAGUGCGGACACAACUCGUGCGUCCACUGCAUGAACAAGUGGCUCAAGUCGUCGGAGAAAGCGUGCUGUCCCUUCUGCCAAGCGGACGUGGACAACAAGAGCGUCAAACUGAACAAGCUGCUCGACCAAGCACUGAAUGCCCUGCUGCCAGGGUACAAUCCGAAGCAGCCGCCACCAAAACCCUUCAGCUUGGUAAAAAAGUGAUUGAUUUCUCCCUUGUCUACUGAUAUUUAUUUUUCUUGGAAGUGAAAUAUAAAGGGACUUUCUUUGUCCCUGAGUUAUUGACAUAAUGAUGAGUCAAAUUCGUCAUUAAAUUUGUUCAAACUGUU